GUUUCCCCGUCAGGUACAAGCCCGAGUAUCUGCAGGCACCACGGGCUUGCAAGUUCGAGCGAUAUUUGGUGAUAGCGCUGCCAAGGAUCUGACGCGAUAAGAUUAGAUGGAGGGGUACGGAGAAUAGAGUUGGCUGCCCCACGCUUCUUACCGCGCACCCUCCGUCACCAGUCGCGAACGCAACAUUCCUUCGUCCCGUUUCACCUCCCACCACAUCCAGUCACAAUGUCUGUUGCUCGUCAGGUCCCCAAGAAAUUUACGGCGGAGGAGGCCGAGAACUUGGAGGAUAUCGAGAAGCAGUUUGCUGUCAAGGCGGUCAUUCACGCGCAGACCUACUGGAACAUCCUGCAAAAGCGUCGCGGAACCGACCUGCGUCUGACCAAGUUGGAUGACGAGAUCAUGGCACACCUGCUCGAGGUGUUCCCGGACUUCGACGCUGCCAAGGAGCUCGACGAGGACAGGAUGAAGGACAAAGAAGGCAAGGAGAAAUGGAGGAGCUUCAUGAUGAAAUAUGAGAAGACUGUCGAGGACUACAACUUUGGUACUCUCCUGCGCCGGACCGCAAAUGCCGAGUACGAGGAGAAGACUACCAUGUUUGCUCCUAGAAUGCAGUUCUACGCUGUUGAGAUCGCCAGAAACCGUGCGGGUCUUAACGAUUGGAUCUACGACGACGCAAGGAAGGAGGAAGAGAAGGAGAAGGCUGCUGCUGGUAACUAAGCGAUAAUCUACUCGUGAGGAUCUCGAAAAAAGAUUGGUGCAUU